CCACCGCCGUCGCACAGCCGGCCGCUCGCCCUGCCGCGAUCCCCAGCCCACCCUCCCGGCCUCGGCCGCGGCUGCGGGCGCGGGUGCGUGGAAGCGGCGGCUGCGGGGGAGAGGCGGCGGCUGCCCCAUGGAGUGUUACUACAUUGUCAUCAGCUCCACGCAUCUCAGCAACGGACACUUUCGCAACAUCAAGGGAGUUUUCCGGGGCCCUCUCAGCAAGAACGGGAACAAAACUCUGGACUAUGCCGAGAAGGAGAACACUAUUGCCAAAGCCCUGGAGGAUCUGAAGGCAAAUUUCUACUGUGAACUCUGUGACAAGCAGUAUUAUAAGCAUCAGGAAUUUGACAAUCACAUUAACUCAUAUGACCAUGCCCACAAGCAGAGGCUCAAAGAACUGAAGCAGAGAGAAUUUGCUCGAAAUGUAGCAUCUAAAUCCAGGAAGGAUGAAAGAAAACAGGAAAAGGCACUCCAACGUCUUCACAAGCUGGCCGAGCUAAGAAAGGAAACUGUGUGUGCUCCUGGAAGUGGCCCCAUGUUCAAGUCAACGACUGUUACUGUGAGAGAAAAUCUCAAUGAAGUUUCCCAAAGAGAGAGUGUAGAUCCAGUUAACAACCAGCAAGAUUUGACUCAAAGUGAAGAGAAGGUGAGAGAUGUUGCUACAGCUCCAGCAGAAACAGAAACUGCAAGUAACUGCAGAGCAAAUAAUUGCCAGAUUGGGGAUCAAACACAGGCUGUCCACAGACACAGAAUUGGCUUCUCCUUUGCAUUUCCAAAGAAAGCCUCAAUGAAGCUGGAAUCCUCCUCUGCUGCAGCCUUCUCAGAAUACAGUGAUGAAUCCUCUGUGGAGAAAGAAUUCUGCAGGAAAACUAGAUUUGUCCCUAGCACGUGUCAUCUUCAACUAUCGUCACCAACAUGUGAGAUUCUGAGUUCUGAGGAGAAAGCUAACUCUUCUCCUCCACCAGAGGUCAUGUGUACUGACAAACCAACUCCUCAAACUGAAGAGGUGAAAAUAACUACUAAUGAAAACAACACACUAUUAACUACUUCGUUUUGCCAGCUUCAACUCCCUGCAUGCUCUGAUGCAGAUACUUGCCAAAAUUCAGCACCAUUUGAAGACCAACUAUCAAUAGAAGCUGUUAUUAUAAAUGAAGAUGGACCUGUGAGUAAAAGCAAUCCAGACAUCAUAGAAAAGAAUCCCACUGUGCCUAAUGACUGCACAUCAGCACAGACGACCACAGAGGAAAACAUGAUUAAUGAUGUGAUCAAAACGGAAACCAGAAAUAAAACUGGUCAUGACCCACCUUCAAGUACUGCGGAAGAAAGCAUAAGAUUGACAAAAAGACCAGAUGUAUGUAAAAGACAGUGUGAUCCAUUUGUACCUGUGCUUAACAAAUUUGGAUCAACAGUGCUUCAAUGGCCAUCAGAAAUGCUUGCUUACACAACUACAGAGCCAUCAAUAUCUUAUAGCUGCAAUCCACUAUGUUUUGAUUUCAAGUCCACUAAACUAAACAACAAUCGAGAUAAAAAUAAACUAACUUUAAAUGGCCUUUGCUCUCAACAGAAGGAGGACUGUUGCAAAGGAGCAGAUGCUGAUUGCAAUGACGAACCAAUUGGAAGAGAAGCAAAUGAUGAAAUUGACAGUACUAAAAAUGAUUACCCUCAAGUUACUACACUUUCCGCUGUCCACAUUUUGACUAAUGGUUGUGAUUUAGAACGGAAUGAGAAUGUGGGUCAGAGGUAUAAAAAUAUUUCCUGUAAAAACAGAAAAGCAAACAAAUACAAUUUUACUAGAUGUCAAAUUAAACGAGACACUCUAAAUGAGAAAUACAACAGAAUCAAAUUGAAGGAAACUCGUGAGCACUGGUUCCAUAAAAGUAGAAGAAAGAAAAAGAGAAGAAAGUUAUGUCGGUAUCAUCAUGAGGACUCAACCAAAGAACCUGAAGGGUCCGACAAAACAGAAAUGGACAGACAGUGCACUGAUGAGGCCAGGAAGAAUCCGCUAGAACCAGUUCUGGAAAGUCAGCCAAGGAGUCCAGAACGAAUGUCAGACUUACAUCAGCUGCCAGAUGAAAGACCCAAGACAACACCUACACAUUUAGACAAAAAUGAAACAACAUGGAACGCAACACUGAACACUGAAUGCAACAAUGAUGCUCUUGGUUCUCAAAACCAUGGAGGAAACAAUGCAACAGUUGUAAAUGAGCAAGCAAAUCCACCAAUGAUAUGUUCUAUGAAGCAAAACUUAACAUAUAUCGGAACUUACUGUUGUUGGAAAGCCAGAACAUCAAGAAGUCAAGAGGAUGAUGGGUGCUUUGUUGCUCAAAGACAUGUGAAAGGUCCAACUCAGAAUCAGCCUGUUAAAAGAGGUUACAGUUCUCUCACAAAUGAUGCAGAAAGAAUUCAUCGGAAACGCAGACAACAAUCAUGUUCUUACUCCUCGGAUGAAAGUUUAAAUCAACAAAGUCAUUUAGGAGAAGAAUACUUGAGGCCACCAAGUGCUUCAUUCACUUUCUGUCAGCCUAAGAAGAAACGAAGGAGAAAAAGAAGCAGACUCCACAUUGGAGAUAGAACUUCGAAAAUAAAAGACAAUUCAAAUUAUCCCAUGAAACGUAGUUCUUCUUUGAGUCACUCAGUUGAGUUGGCAAAGGAAGGCAUAAAAGAGGACAUAAAACCACAAGAAAAUAUAAGUAUCAAGAAGAACUCAGAAAACACAGAGCAAACAGAAGUCAAAGAGAAGUUCCAUCCUUAUAAUCCACUUCCUCCUGAAACCAGUGUCAAAGAUGAGCAUUCAGUAACGGAGACUACUCCAUGUGACUCAUCGCAGGCUUCCAAUGAUCUUGCUACACCUGAGAAUGUCACCAGGGACCCACCAAAUGGCACGACUGACAAUACCUUGCUUGAACACAAUCAAAGAAGUCAGACUACAAACAAUAACGUAAAGCAAAUUCCUUUCAAGGUGCCUAAUACUGAAAGGAACUUUAGACACUCACAGGCUAAAUCAUACAUUUGUCGUUAUGAGCUGGCCGAGACCAUGCCACAGAGAAAGACAAACGAGACAUCAACAGAGUGGCUAUGUUAUAAUUCAGGAAUCCUUAACACCCAACCACCAUUACAGUUCAAGGAAGCACAUGUCAGCGGCCAUGCCUUUGUAACAACGGAACAAAUCCUGGCUCCAUUGGCUUUACCAGAGCAAGCUUUAUUGAUUCCACUAGAAAAUCAUGACAAGUUAAAACAUCUACCAUGUGAAGUCUACCAGCAUAUUAUUCAGCCAAACAUGCUAACCAACAAGGUCAAAUUUACCUUUCCUCCUGCUCCCCUGCCUCCUCCCAACACUCCCGUGCAGCCUUUGCCUUUGCCGCGGCCCUUUUGUUCUACCUCUGUAACCACUAUCCAUCACACUGUUUUACAGCAUCAUGCUGCAGCCGCGGCUGCAGCAGCUGCAGCUGCAGCUGCAGGAACCUUCAAAGUGCUUCAGCCACACCAACAGUUCCUUCCCCAAGUUCCUGCUCUCACCAGAACAUCUAUACCUCAGAUCUCUGUAGGGACUGUAGGACCUAGGCUUUGUCCUGGUGGUCAGCCAGCUUUGGUUGCUUCUCCUCAGAUGCCAAUCAUCCCCGCAUCCGUUCUUCACCCCAGCCACUUGGCUUUUCCACCCUUACCCCAUGCACUUUUUCCUUCAUUGCUUUCACCACAUCCAACCGUCAUUCCCCUCCAGCCCCUCUUCUAGUCACCACCAUAAAGAAAAAAGAACAUAUAUAUGAGUAGGUAUCUACAUGCAUAAUUGGCUAUUUAACUGACAGAAUAAACUGGCCAAAGCUGGUCUUAUUUCAAACCAUUUACUGUAAGUGUAAUGAUGCUAAUAAAUUAUUAAAGUUUCUGAUAUAUAAUAUUAUUAAAGCACUGACUAGUUUGAGAAUCAAUACAAUAUAUGCUGUAUAUUAAAAUGAUGUCUUAAGAGUAUGUAUAAUGUACAUAAAAUAUAUUUAUAGUACUGUAAUUUAUGUUGUAAAGUAUGCUCCUUGUUUUUUCUAAUCUUUGUGUAUUUGCACCUAUUUAAUGUUUAGACAAAGCUGAUGAUCCUAUUUGUUUUGUACCAUGUUCCUUGAAACUGUAAAUUCAGUGAAAUAUAUCUCUUGCAAUAAAUUUUUGUUAAUUAUUUAAGUAAAUCAAA